AUGAAUGGGAUGAUGAUGAAUCAGAUUGAUGAAUCAGAUCGUGACAUCUUUUUCAAUCAAGACUCAUACAUUGACAGUAUGGAAGAAGUUGAAAUUCAGAACAAGACUGACAAGUCCCGAGUAUUAAAUGAAGACGAACAGGCAUUUACAAGCCAACAAAGUUUUACGAAAGGUGAAACAAAAUAGAUUUUCACUAAAGUAUGUGGGAUUAAAACAGCCAUGGAAGUUGGUAGUGUAUUGUGAUGCAUCAUAUGCUAUAAUCUCAAGCCAAGGAGGUAUGAUCAUAUUUCCUGUGGACAGGGAAAGAAGAGCUUCACCAAUCAACUUGGAUAUCCAAAAAGUUGAGGAGAGUUUGCAGAAGCACAAUUGCAGCAGAAACGAUGUCACCGUUGGAUGCAGUGGACACGACAGUGUGGCUGUCUCAUUUAUUGGAUGAACUGAAGGAUAAGCAGUUGCAAACAACUGAGAUAUACACUGACAAUACUGUACUGUAUGUCACUUACAGAAGCAGUGCAUUCAACUAA